GCUGCUUUGUUGAGUGAGGGGGUAUAGUGGUGAUGCUGCAGGGCAUUGCUUUAUGCUGACUCUGACCUGUGGGAAUGGCAGGGAGCGAUAUGGCCCUAUGACUAGGCCACAGAAAGAGAGAGGAGGAGAAGGAGAGAGGAACAGCAUCAGCAACGUACAUCCCAAGAGAGCAUCGAUUUGGAAAUGGACUAAAAUACUACUGGAUUAAAAACUCAUCUGUUCAAGUCCAAGUGUAGCCAUGCAGGAGAACCCAGGCUCCAUAGGUGUGGAUGGAGGAUAUGCCAGCAAUGUACCUGCUUUCCUCACUAAACUCUGGACUCUCGUGGAGGACCCAGAGACCAAUCAUCUGAUUUGCUGGAGUACUACGGGCACCAGCUUCCAUGUUUUUGACCAGGGUAGAUUUGCCAAAGAGGUUCUGCCCAAAUACUUCAAACACAAUAACAUGGCAAGCUUUGUACGCCAGCUCAACAUGUACGGCUUCAGGAAGGUGGUGAAUAUUGAGCAGAGUGGGCUGGUGAAGCCAGAGCGAGAUGACACCGAGUUCCAGCACCUCUAUUUCCUCCAGGGCCACGAGCAUCUGCUUGAACACAUUAAGCGCAAGGUGUCAAUAGUGAAGAGCGAGGAGACCAAAGUUCGGCAGGAGGACUUGAGUAAGCUGUUGUAUGAGGUGCAGGUGCUACGCAGCCAACAAGAGAACAUGGAGAUGCAGAUGCAGGAUAUGAAACAGCAGAAUGACGUUCUCUGGAGAGAGGUGGUAUCACUGAGGCAGAAUCACACACAGCAGCAGAAAGUCAUGAACAAGCUGAUUCAGUUCCUGUUUAGCCAGAUGCAGUCCAACACUCCCAGCACUGUGGGAAUGAAGAGAAAGCUUCCUCUCAUGCUGGAUGAUGGCUGCUCAACUCCUCCUGCCUCAAAAUUCAGCCAUAGCCACUCCACAGAGUCCUUGCAAGAAUCCUUCUAUAUCCAGUCGCCAUCCACAGAAAGUGCAUCCUGCUCCACUAGCAAUGUGAUGACAGGAGGGCCAAUAAUCUCUGAUGUCACUGAAAUCUCACAGUCUAGCACCAUGGCUUUACAAAUGCAGGCAGAGGAAUCUAGAGAAAAGUGUCUGAUGCUGAUUAAGGAAGAGCCGGUGAGUCCUGGGGUGCAGGGACGAGGAGAGGGUGUACCUCUCGGCUCCUGUGAGGUGUGCGCUGAACCCCCCGUCCUCCCUGUUGCCAUGGUACAGUCCGUCCUAGAGGGCCGAGGAUCUAAUUUGGGAGAAAGAAGGGCCAAAAGACCAAUGCUGGAAAGACCAGAGAUUCCUGAUGGCGUGGAGAAUGUUGACAUGAGCCUGGAGGAUUUACAGCUGCUUCUGAGGAGUCACCAGCAGAGCAUGGAAACCAGUGCUGCAGCAAUGGAUCCCUUCACAUUUAGUCUCUCUUUGAACGAGUGGAACUUCACAGAAAUGGACCCAAACUUGAAAUCAGAGCUGGCUAACGCCCUCAUCCCUGCUGCUGUGUCCCAGUACAUGUUUCAGGGUCAGGAAGGGGAGACGUACCCCACCGCUGGCUAUGAGGAGCAGUAAAGCCCUGAUAUGACAGCCAGCACAGAUCCCUCCUGAGAGCGAGCAGAGUAAUCCAUUUGAAAGCACGCCACUUGGAUUGUACAUUUUCCCAACGUCGGAAAAAGAAGGCUCAAAUUUAUCUAGUAUGUGGAGGUGAUAUACAGUAUCAAGUAAACAUGCUGACCAGCCCACUGGCGGAAGCUGCAUUUUUACAAAAACGUGGAGCAAUUCAACUCUUUGGAGAUGGAAUAUAUACAAUAAUCCUUUCUCAACGAAUAUAAGGAGUUCAGGCUACAUCAAGAUCAUUUUGAAGAUUUUUCUCAUGAUAAAAUUCAUCCUAAGGAAACCUCUAUUGCCAGGAAAAGGCAAUAUUAAGCAUUUCCAUUCCCAACUACUACAGUGCAGGUGAACUGUAUGCAAUAUGACGUAAAUCAUUGUGGCCCGAGUUUGAAUGCACUUUAGUCUGUGUGUUGGAUUUUUUGCUUUGUGGAGCUGUGAUUUCAUUUUCCCAAAAAUGUAACUGUAAAAAAUGAAUAUAUUUAGUUCAAAUUUAUAUUAUAAUGAAGCACACACUUGUAUUUCAAUAUAUAUUUGAAGACAUAAAAAGUACUGGUUUAAUCAUAUUAUGUAUGUGUUCAUGUGAGAGGUCUAGGGGUUAAAAAUCAGACCUCGCAGGUAGAAAACUGAAACGAUGCACUGCUUUUUGCACAAUUUAGUGUCUUUUCUCAAUAAUAUUUUAGUAUUAGCUGUAUUUGAUACGCUUAUGAUAUAUUGUGUGAUAUUUGCCCUCAUUUGGUACAAAUGUGUUGGCCACACUGGUUAGAUUCUGAAGAAGAUAGAAACCGCAGUUGUUAAUGCCUUCGAAAAUGAGCACUAUACUUAUGUAAUAUGUAUACAAUGUAUUCUAAUUUGACAUUUUCAGUUGACUGUUUUAUGCCCAUCAACCAAAUAACAUCUAACAAUGACAAUGCUCUAGGCUGUACGUAAGAAUGUGUUUAUUUUUCCUGCCAAACCUCAUAUAAUGAAGGCAAAUGAACACACAACAUACAAUAACAUUUCAGAGGCCAUAAUGCACUUUGUUAUUACAGGGCAGCCAUGUAGCAAUGCAAAAUACCCUAGAUCUCUUACAAAUGUGUUGAAUUUUAAGUGCAAUAUCGCUGCAUUUAUUUAUAUGAUUUCCCUAAAAAGCAAUUUUUGCAUUGAUUUGUAUGAUUUCUCAAGGAUGCGACAUCUAAUGAUGAUUUAGAUGGGAACUAUGAUGGAAUAAAAUAAAUUGCACUAAGGGUGAUAACUGUAUUAGAAAUAGUGUUUAUUCAGUGUUAGUUUAUACUCUUAUUUUUUCAUUAUUCCCUAUUAAAAUCAAUAAUUAAAUGGUUUGUUAUGAGAAGGGUGCUUUUUCACAUAGGUUGCAAGUCUUUCACUGUAUACUUAUUUUACUUUCACAAUGUAAUUAAUUGCACUGCUAAUAAAUGAAUGUAGAUUAACACGGCAAGACACAAAAGCAUGAAAGCAAGAAAGAAAGGA